ACUGCCGCUUGCUAAAAGUGAAUUGAUAAAAAAGUUAAUAUUAUUGUGUUUUUUUUUUAUUUGUUUACCCCAAAGUUGUGAUUAAGUGGGAAAUAAAGUGAACCUGAAUACAAAUAUCCAAAAAUUCAACCAAAAAAUUCUCUACAAAUUGAAAAUGAACCAACAACUGUGAUACGAAGAGAAAUUUUGUUGUGCAGUUUGCAAACUUAUUGAGAAAACGGUAUUGUAUACUAAAUUAUAAUGCUCGUCGAAGAGGACCUCGAUGAUACACACUUGUGCAUCAAAUGUAGUGCCACAAUUGUCGGCCUCGAUAAUUACGUCCAGCAUCGCAAAACGAAUUGUGUUGGCGGCAAGAUCCAAGGGACACGAACUGGAGCCACCAUUGUUACCGAUGGCUAUGGAGUAGGUUUUGAAUAUCCAGGACCUUCGGGCUAUGUAAAGACCGCAGAGGAAGCUGUUGGUGGGAAAUCGUCAAAAACUCUAAAUGACCCUUAUGACUUGCCCUAUGAAUUGGGUGCAGAUGUUUUCUUCUCAUCGUUGCAACUUCAAAGUGUUCAAGCUAGUAGUGGAGGAGGAGUAGGAAAUGCUGGAAAGGCAAGUUCUAUUCAGCAGAUUUCUGUUAGAAAAGUUGUAAAUUCUGGAAGAGAUGAGGCCGACGGCGAUGAUUGGCAAGAUGAGGAACAAAAUAAUUCCGAUAGUUUGAUGAAGGUUGUAAGGGAUAUUGGAGAGACGAAAAAAUAUGAACCAAUAUUUCAACCGAUUGCAUUUGGUCAUGGAUCUCCAGAGCCUGAACAAAGUGAUGAUGAUGAUGAAGAUAUUGAUGAGUUUGAUGAAGAUGACGAUGAUGAUGAUCAAGAUUAUGUUCCAACUCCAUAUUGUGGGGGAAAAUGGAAACCUGGGAGUCAGCCACCACUAAGAAGUGGUGGGAAAUGGAAAGGAAAAAGUCAUCAUCAAAGCCAUGCAGUUCCGAGUUCUUCUGGUGGUAAAUGGCACAAUAAGUAUGUAGCCAAAAAGUACUUGGAACCAGAAACCUUUCCGAGCCGUCCAAAACUUUCGUAUAAAAAAGAUAAUCCAUCAAAAUAUGAGGUUCCACAAAGCGGUGGAAAAUGGAAACCUGAAAGUUCAAAAACACUGAAAAUACCAGAACCACUUCCAAGUGGUGGAAAAUGGAAACCCUCAGCUGAGGACGAUGAGUCACCAGUUAUUCAAGCUCCUUCCACUGGAGGCAAGUGGAAACCUGAAGAUGAACCUUCAACUAGUGGCAAAUGGAAACCUGAAGAACGAACAACUUCAAAAAUUGUUCCAGCUGAAGUUGUUACUGAAUGGGAUGAGACAGAAGCUUGGGAAGAUGUCCACAAUGUAAAUCCUCCAAUUGAGCACACCAAAGGCAAAUGGGUGCCAGGAAUGAAAUAUGAAAAACUCGAUUACAAAGAUGAGGAUCUUCCACAACCUCCACAAGACUUUUGGUGUAAUAUUUGCUGUCGAAAACUCAAGACCAAAACUAUUUUCGAAAAACACUUAAAAUCAGCUGUCCAUUUGAAAAAAUCCGAAACCGAAGAGCAACUAGAACGUGCCGGUGUCGACAAACAUCUUGAACUACCCACACAAAAUCUUCAAUCAGCUCCACCAGAAUUCCUCUUAAAUCGAAAAACUUCCCCCGAACCUGAUCCGUCAAAGCGAAAAAGACGAAAAACUUUUGUCAAAUGUGAAAUAUGCAAACAUCGAAUGCAAAGAUAUCUAAUGGGCAAACAUUUGAUAUCUCACUAUCAUUAUGUUAGAAGACGUGCUAAUUUAGCAAAGUCAUAUGGAAUGGUUCUUGACAAUAUCCAUCAAAUAGUACUUCAAUCACCAUUUCAAUGUAGCCCCUGUAAAUUCUAUGCCAAUGAUGAGGAACAAUUCCUAAACCAUUGGAAUUCCGUUGAACAUCGUGAUCGAACUGAGGGACCUGGCAAGUUUUGGUGUAGUUUCUGUCAGUUUGAAUGUGAAGACAACAAUCAAAUGAGACGUCAUCUUUUAGGAAGUGAUCAUGGGGAAGUCAUUAUGGCUAUCAAUAGAUCAGUUCCGAUAAUUAUAAGUAAAAAGGUCUCCAUUGAAUGUCUAAAAUGCCAUCAAAGCUUUCGAUAUAACAUCGAACUGCGACAACAUGCACUUCGAUGUGAAGUCUUCAAAACCGAACCAAUUGGAACAGCAUCUGAUGAAUAUCAGUCAAGGUUUCGAUGUGCAUUGUGUCCUGAAGAAGUGCUCAAAUCGAAGACGGCUCUGCAGAGGCAUGAGAAAUUCAAGCACAAUAAACGACGGUUUUAUUGUUCGAUAUGUAACGAAGAGUUUAGCAACUCUGAAGCAGCUAUUAAGCAUCGCAAGACCAAAGAGCACCGUGAAAAGUCCACAGAAAAGUUGAAUAAAGCGAAAAAGGAGAGGUGUACAAAAGUUAAAGAGGAUCCCGGAGAUGAUUUGAAAUGUGAACAAUGUAAUCACAUGUCUUCUUCCGAAGUUGAAGCCAUGCUACAUCAAAUAAGUCAUCCUGAUGGCUGUAAGAAGGUUGAAGAGAUCCCACCGGAAAUCUCCAAGAAGAAAUUGAAAGAAACUUCUUCGAGAAAGUGCUCAUACUGUAAAGAGUCUUGCCCAAAUAAAUCGGAACUAAAGGCCCAUCUCAACACAGUCCAUCCCGAGAUCAAACAUAUUUGUCCACUUUGUGGAGAAGCCUUUACUCUGCCCCAAGAACUAGGUUCCCAUAGAAGAUACAAAAUAUGUGUAGCAUCAACCUCUAAAAAACCAUCAUCUACAAUCGAAACAGACACCUCAUCCCAAAAAGAUCCAACAACAAAAUCCUGGAAUUGUUCAGAUUGCACAUUUAGCUCUGCCUAUGAAUCCGAGUUGAUAUUCCAUCGUAUAAUCCAUUCAGAGGGUGGCUUAGAAGCCCUCGAAUCGUCUGGGACAAAAAUUAAAUGCCAACUUUGUGAGAAAUCAUUUGCCAAACAUUCACUUCGGUAUCAUUUGCGUCAGCAUACCAACGAAAAGAUUUUCCAAUGUGAAAUUUGUAAACGGUCAUUUUCGAGGCGACAUAAUUACAAAGAACACAUGGAGUUUGUGCAUUCGGUUGGGGAUGUUGUAAGGAAACGCCACAAGGGCGGCAGUCGACGACGGUCAACGGAUGAGAGUUUUAUAUGCGAUACAUGUGGCAAGAUAUUUCGAACAAAGUACUCACUGAAAUUACACAUCAACAUCCACAUGGAACGUGAUAAGAAAUAUUUAUGUCCUAUGGAAAAUUGUCAAUAUAUUGGAAGGAAUAGUACUGCCUUGAGUAUACAUAUGAGUAGCCAUGAAGUGAAGACAGAAUUCAAAUGUCAAGAGGCGAAUUGCAAAUAUCAAGGAAAAAGCGCAUAUCAUUUAAAAAGACACAUGAAAAGUCAUUUAAAACCAGAAAAAAUCUACAAGUGUCCCGAAUGUGAUUUCAAGGCCAAGAUACCAGCUCAUAUAAGACGACAUGUAAGAACACAUACGGGCGAGUGUCCUUAUAAGUGUCCACAUUGUGAUUACAGUUGUGGUUACAUUGAAAAUCUUCGCAAGCACAUUCUUACGACAAAGAAACAUCCUGGGAAGUUCAUAUAUCAAUGUACGGAAUGUGAUCCAAAUGACCAAUACAAAACAAACUAUAACAAUGAGUACCAAUUGCAUUUGACGAACGUACAUGGCAAAUAAGUUUAAGUUUUUAUUGUUACAA